AACUGCCGGAGCAGUCAGUAUUGUGUCGUCUGCUGCGCGGCGAACAGCUGACUGGGUACAUGUUCGCGCUCCUGCUUCCUCCCGCGACUUCGCCAGAGUCGGUGCGGAAUAUCCUCGUCUCUGACCGGUCACCUUUCUGCUGUCACCAUGGCCAGUGCGUACAAAUACCAACAGACAAGCGUCUACGGGGUGUGUGAAGAAGAGAUGAGUGUUUACAACGAAUCAAAGUGUUCAUGUUUCUGGGAUUAUUUAAUUCCGUUCACCCGAUUUUGGGGAAUUUUCACAUCCGUUGUGCUGUGUGGUGUAGGCGUAGACCUGUCAGUCCACCAACACUCCAUAGGAAUAUAUUUAGUGUUAGGAGCUGUUCUGGUGUUUGUUUUGGAGAUCACGUGGGCGGUCACCCUCUUCCUGCAAGUCUGCCUCAGGAACGAAGACCACCUUAUGUAUAGGUGUUGGGACGUGUUCCUCUGGUGUGGACUGUGGAAGCGAUCCAUCCUGUACACCGCCAUCGCCGUCGUGCUCUUCCUAAGACCUCACAGGCUCUGGCUCUCCAUCGUCGCAGGUAUCCAGCUGCUUAUCCUGGCUGUGUGUUACCUGUACCUCACCUGCCGCAGUCACUUUCAUAGAAGACACUCUGGUAGACUUUUACUCAGUCAGACACCAAGUCAGGAAGACAGGUUUGACGACAUUACAGAAAUUCUGGACGACUCUCUGCCGGGGCCAGUAUCUGCAGAUAACUUAUCUCCUCUGGAGCAAGACGCCAUCUUGGAUAUCUGACGUCACUCGACCACGUGACUUUGACCUAUUUUUAAUUUAUAUUUUUACUUAUUGUUGUUAAUAAAAUGUGUAAAUAUUUACUUGUA